AUGUCCAAGAAGGAUGUGGUGUGUUUCUGGAUCGUGCUGCUCCUGUGCCAAGAGCUACAGACCGAUCCUAUCGCAGAGAUGGGACCAUCCUCUGGCAUCCUGAUUCAAGAGACACCACUGUUCAUCUUGACAGAGAAGAGGAUCCUGACCCAACGUGUGCUCAUCAGCUUGGACCCCAAGAUUUCCGUACAAUAUUUCAUCGAUGCAGCUUCCUGUAUUACAAACUUGGUACCUCCAAAGAGCACAGGACCGUGUGCGAAACAUCUUGGAGCAAGCCCGGAAACCUUUUGUAUCCAGUACUAUUUUGAUGAGCAACUGCCCCUAAAGGUUCCUCACCGCUACAAAUGUUGCUUUAGUUUGUGCCAAUGUCAGUGCAGUUGUCGCAACCGGAAUGUCUGCAGCCAACUCUAUUACUGUCCAGAAACUGGAUAUGGAAAUCUAUGCACUAAAGCAGCACAUUAA